GCUCAGGCCCAGGCUUGGAACAUCCUGAUCAAUGUGUCUAAGUCGGGGAAUUUCGAGGAGCGUCAUUCUGUGCUCGACAGGCAACUCAAAGCAGGUGUUCUGCAGUUAUGCUCGACAACUUUGUACCAUCGCGUGCUACUGUUCAGCCGCUUAGCGUCUCAGUUGCUAGCUCAGCUGUGUCGCCAGUCUUUCCUCUCAGAAAGGCUGUCACCUCGCGAUACAGGUGCUAUCAUUCACUCGCUCUGCUCCUUUGCACUGCAAGACAGCGAUGGUUACUCCGACCAGCUCAUCGAUCCAGCAAAACAAUGGCAAUGGAGUUUCAGCGAACUAAGCGCGGAGGACCCCUGGUGUAACAAUGAUGAACUUCGAUGUUUAAUGGCUAGGCGACUCUUUGGUGAAGCGCAGCUCUACGCUCUUGACUAUGUCCGUAUUUUACUCUCUACGGACAGAACGUCUUCGUCAAAGCGACUGCUCCAAGUCAUCAAGCAGACUCCGACAAUCAUUGAUUUGCUUCUGGAUUGCAUGAUUCUCGAGCCUCCCUAUGGAUUCCCCGAUAGUGUAACAAGCUCGUUAGCUUGCGAGGCUCUAUGUGCUUUGUUCAAGUGGUCACCCGACGCAGUUCCUGGAGUGCCGCCAGUAACAACUACAGCCUGUGGUGCCGGUGAAGCAAGAGCGCUGGGCCAGUCACUACAGUUUCUCACUUCGCAGGAUAAUUGGGUGGACAGGCUUGUGGAGGCGUGGGCUGUCGCCGAAAAAUGCAGUUUCGCGGCUGCGGAGACACUCUACAGGGAUGAGGAGUCGACAUUCAAAAGGAGACAACUGAGAGGAUAUACAGGAGAGUUGGCAAGUGCAUUUUGUGACACAGGCUGCUCUCGUAUAUCUAUUCUUCGCCUCAUCACCACUCUAACACAUUUCGCGGACGCUACUGGAGUCAAAAAUGUCGACCUCUACCCCCUGCUCACAGUUGCAUACCAAGCGAGCUUCAAGAUCGAUGACGAGAAAGAGCGCCACCGCACGCAAGACAUCUGCAACUGGCCAUCAUGGGCGUUGCUGACGAUGGACCGCUACGGCUACAUUGAUCCCUUCCACGUGGCUCCGGAGCGCGUUCUCGGCCCUACGGCUUUCGCACGUCUAUUGGUUAUACUAGCUCAUCGAAAUGCGCUAAACAACACCCAGUUUCUCCACAAAGCACCCGAGAGCCUGUCGCCUGUGACCUCACUCACUCAAAUACAGCAAAUGACGCAUCCAGACGUUAUCCGGCGCUUUCUUACGAUAUCCCUCUACCGCGCCAAGGAUCAUAUAGAAGAAGCCAUGUACAUGGAGUCAAAGGAGGUCGGAAAAUAUUUGCCGCGCUCCAGCGUCAUAUUCAACGGCACUGCGGAGCUCGCGGCGGCUAUCGUCGCCUUUGCCGACCUGACGGGCGACGCAUACACCAGCAUCACGUACAGGGCACGCUUAACACUUGUGACGGCUCUUGGAAGUCUCUCUCAGACAGCGAUACAGAUGGGACAGUAUAAACGUGCGUACUCCUGGUCUAUGACGGCUCUUGACAUGAACCAGAAAAGCCCGCCUAAGGAGAAGAUUAGUGAUUUUCUCGUCAAGGGGUGCAAGAGGGUAGCUCGCGACGCUAAGAGGGCAAUCGAUUCGCGAUAG